GGGCACAUAUGGGGAAUAUAUGUCUUUCCACCUCUUUCCCUCUUUCUAUCCUUCAUCCUUCUUGCUAGUCCCUUUUGACAGAGGCGGAGACAGCACUUGGGUGGUGGUUGCUGUGUCAUUUUUUUCUUUUUGGGCUGUUAGUCCCCUCCUUGUUUGUUGAGCUCUCUUUCUGCCAUCAAUACAGCCCAGGAUCUUGUGGGGAGGACUCAACUGAGAGGCAGAUCAACUGACGGCAGUGGGAAAAUUUUCUCCACGGCUAUCUCAGCCUUUUUUUCCUGUUCAACCAAAGGACCAAGAGUCAUCCAGAAAGUUAUCAAACUUUGGGCUCCACAUCAGGUCUUAUCCUCCGUGGACCAAAUUCUAAACGAGAGAGACAACAAUGGAUUACUCCAGUGUGGGGGGUCAGGAUCCUUCCCCCCAUUAUUUGGAAUCUGCCCAUUUACAAGCAAGUGAUGACUCAGACCUCUUCUUCCCUGGUUCAGAUGGCAAUGAUACAGCAGCGAUUUCCACAUAUUACUCUCGCACACCUGAAUCUUAUAGACACUCACCAGUGCGGCAGUUGUAUCCUCUGCUCAAUGGCUUGCAAUGGGUGGAUGGACACCCCUACAGCACAGCAGCCUGGGCUCCUGGGAAGCCUCAUGCUGGACUCCCUCUCUACACUUCCUCUUCAACCGCUUCCUUUCAGACUCUCCAAGCACCUCCCUCACCCAAGGACCUUACCCCCGAGGACCAGAAAGGGAGCCCCAGAUAUCUGGAGAUGCUGAAGACGGAGCGGGCAAGCCCCCCUCACGCUGAGCUGCUAACAUUGGGGACCUCAACUGGAUCUGUGGCCCACAGCCCUUAUGCUGUGGGGCAGGAAUAUGGAUACUUCCAGCAGGCUGGGAGUCCUCUGACAGCCAGAUACUCCCCCAAAGUGCGAGGAGUAGCCCAGCUCUCUCCCACUGAGGCACGUGAGUGUGUGAAUUGUGGGGCCACUGCCACUCCUCUGUGGCGAAGGGACGGGACUGGCCACUAUCUCUGUAAUGCCUGCGGACUCUACCACAAGAUGAAUGGACAGAACCGGCCCCUCAUCCGGCCCAAGAAGCGACUGAUUGUCAGCAAGCGAGCUGGAACCCAGUGCAGCAACUGCCAAACCACCACCACCACCCUCUGGCGCCGGAACGUGAAUGGAGAACCCGUCUGUAAUGCAUGUGGCCUAUACUUCAAGCUGCACAAUGUGAAUCGUCCCUUGGCCAUGCGCAAAGAUGGGAUCCAGACACGGAACCGCAAGGUCUCCUCUUCCAAGUCCAAGAAGCGCAAAGGAAAUUCUGGGGAUGCGACCAUGGCCACAACCGCCUCCUUGGAGAUGAUGUCACCUCCUCUGAUGGGGGACGAAGCUGCUGCCAUCUAUACUCUCAGCCCUAUGAUGUUGCCAGGACACCUGCUCCCUUUUGGGCACAACCCACACCUUUUAGGGGCUCCGCCAGGCUAUCCUUCACAGGCUUCACCUGUUCCACAUAGCUCUCCUGGAGUUGUCUCUGCACUAGGAUAAAGAGCCUUGUAAUGUACAAGCCCACACUGAUGUACAGAGUCUCCGGGAUGUGAUUGAGAAAGAAACAUUUCCCCACUGGUAACUUUUAAAAAACAGCUAUAUUCACUGCUCCUUGAAAUGACAGGACAAAAGGACAAUAUUGGCAGGGUAAUAUGAACCCUCACCCUCAUCAGAAGAGACAGAAGACUAGCAUGGUAUAAUACUUAGCAGUAGCAGAUGAGGAGGUGAUAAUUGGAGAUAUGUUUCCAGAUUAUACUAUUUCAGGUUGGA